CAAAUGUGAGGAGGAGCUUUUGCAAUUAAUGCUUCUAAAAAAUCUACGUUCGGACCACCGCGCCAAACACCGUACCUGAAAUGUUUAUGGACAGGGUGGAGAAAUCUAUUUUUUUUCAGUGAUAAAUAACAUCGCUCGGAGUUACUACCAAUUAACUGUCGGUCAAUAACCACUCCUCUCAUUUGCUUCUUGCGGUUGCUGUAACAAAUUUAGUGUGAGAUUUGUUUCCUGAUCUGAAGUUGCUUCAACUAUUUCUUUUCUUUACUAGUAAUUCUUUUUUUUGUAUACCGCUUUCUUUCACUAUCUUUAUUUCCUCAUUUUCCUGUAUUUGCUUUCUUAUUUUGGGGGUUUUCUGGGUUCUCUUUCUUUAAGGUUUUUGAAUUGACAUUCUCUUUGAGCGCUAGCUGGUUAAGUUUCUGUUGCUUUUAUCUAUGUUUUUUGCCCUUUUUCUUUGAGUGAUUUGAAUUAGGGCAUCGAGCUUCGAAUUUACUGAAGGUGUUCUUUUCCUUUGAGCACAUAUUUUGAUGGGUCUAGAGCUCAUUAAGUAAAAAGAUCCAAUUUUUAACGUUCUCCCUGUUGUUUUUAAUAAAAAAAGUUCCUAUUUUUAAGUGGUUCUUCCCCUCUCUGUACUCUUAGUCCUGUUUUUACCUCUUUUGGGUAAUUUAUUCCGAGAGGUGUAUCUGGAAGAGUCUAAAUUUGUUGCUCUUUUUGUAUGUCUAAUCCCUCCAUUUUAUAUGUUUUUUGGUGGUUUUGAGCAUAUUGGGUCUGUUUCUUCAUGGAUUUCAUGGGAGAAGCUAGUUUUGCUGGAGGGAAUAUGAUGCCCGAUAGCACUUCCAAUGGUAGUGGCUUUGACAAUUGGGGUCCUGGUUUUUCUGACCAGGCUGUUUGGGCUACUGAGGAUGAUUAUAGAGCUUGGAGCAAUGGCCCCUCCUCCGAAACCCCUUCCAGUUCCAAUCGAUCUGGGAGUGAGCCUCCCCAAAAGAAGUCACGGAGCUCGCAGGGCGCAGAUUCACACGUUACUAAUCGCUCCAAAGCAAUCGGAAAGAUGUUCUUCAAAACUAAAUUGUGUUGCAAGUUCCGCGCUGGGGUGUGCCCUUAUAUUAAUAACUGUAACUUUGCUCAUGGCAUAGAGGAGCUGCGCAAGCCGCCACCUAAUUGGCAAGAGAUAGUAGCUGAACAUGAAAGUGAGCGCGGAGGAGGAGUUAUGUUGGAAUCAAGAGAAGAGCACCAGAUACCAACUGUGAGUUCUCCCGAGUUGCGUAUUGAGACACAAAGGUCCUUUAAAGGGAGGCAUUGCAAGAAGUUCUACACUGAAGAAGGAUGUCCUUAUGGAGAUACUUGCAGUUUCCUUCACGAUGAACAGUCUCGAGCUAGAGAGAGUGUUGCAAUAAGUGUGACUCCCACUGUUGGUGGAUUCGGUGAUAAUGCUGCUGGAGCAAACCUGAAGCCUUCAAACUGGAAGACAAGAAUUUGUAAUAAGUGGGAGACCACUGGUUAUUGCCCUUUUGGCAGCAAGUGUCAUUUUGCUCAUGGAGCAGCAGAGUUGCACAAGUUUGGUGGAGGACUUAUGGAGAUGGAAGGCAAAGAUCCUCUAUCUACUCCUCCAGACUUGAGGCAGGGAGGGGGUUCUUUAAAAACAACAGAAAGUAUGGUACCCUCAACAAUUUCAGUACCAGGCGUUCAAGUGCAAAGGCCCUCUGGCCAUAGGGUUAUUCAGAAAUGGAAAGGGCCAGAUAAAAUUAGUAAGAUAUAUGGUGACUGGAUUGAUGACAUCGAGUGAGGAAGUCGUGUUUGCUAACUUAUCUGUUUAUGAAGAUACUCUGUAGGCAGGCAUAGGCGUGCUCUCGACUAUUAGGCAUACGAAGGAAUUUGAGUUCUUUUGUAUUUCUUUGAACUGUAACGAGGGCACGCCUAAUGUUGUUUUAGAGCUACAAACAAAUACAGCUGCUUGUCAGCAUGUAUUGUCUUAAUAUCUAUGUAUUCUACUAUCCCUGUUUGGAAGAAAAGGAGGAGCAAAGUCUCUGUUGUAGUUCA